AUGCAAUCAUUUCUUCGACCUCGAGUUCUGUGUCGCGAGGGCGACACCGACUCAGUGAGCAAGGCUUGCAGCAGCAGAAGAUGCUUUGCAUCGGUGGGCUGGCUCGCCGUGGUUGGCACCGAGUGGAGCAGAUGCAUGGUGCCAAUGGUGCGGCCGAGCACCAUGGCCAAAUGUGGGCAGCCUCCAGGACUGAGAUCUCAGAGGCACUCCUUCGUUGCCAGCGGUCUGGAGCGGCGCCGGAAACGAGAGCGGGUGCUACGACGUGGAGUGGCAGAAGCCGCAAUUCUUGGAGGUGUUGCUCUGGUGGGGGCUCUGACUCGGCCGAAGAGCGCGCCUGGACCGUCGGAGCGCUUGGUGCAGGAGACGCAAAGGUUGCGUGCGGAGUUAGAGGCGGCCAGAAAGGAGGACCUGGAAGGCAAGGGCGGGACUCGAACACGGCUCCAAAAGGCUCUUCGACGCCUCUCCAAUGUACAAGCAGAGUUAGAGGCGGCCCAAGAUGAUCAAGAUCAAUAUCCCAUCCCGGGCUAUUUGGAGGAGGCCGCCAGCAGUGGGAAAAUCAUGAUGGCAAUCACUGGGGCGUCCGGUGUUGGCAAGUCAUCCUUGGUUAAUGCGUUCCGAAGGCUCCGGGACAGCGAUGCAAACGCAGCAGCGACCGGAGUCAAGGAGACGACGAUGGAGCCGACUAUGUACAGCUUUUCAGCCAGCGAAGGCAUUUUCAAUCAACGAUUUUAUCGACAGCUUCGAGAUGACGAAGAAUUGAGUGCGGGAGUGCGCGUUGUGCUUGGACAAGUUCCGGGUCAGGCCGAAGGGUCGUGCGCCGAAGUGCUAAAAGUCUGUGACGAAACUGUUCAGGUGCGUCUUGAUGCUGGUCCAGUGCUGGACAUCGACGUGAAGCACGUAGUGGGCACGGCCUUGGAUGUUGUGAUCUGGGAUCUUCCUGGUGUCGGUACGCCGAACUUUCCUCAGGCGACCUAUUUGAGACGCAUGGGGAUUCGCUACUUCGAUGUCGUGCUACUGAUAACAUCCUCACGAUUCACGGAAGCCGAGCUUAUGUUGGCAGAAGAGCUUCGAAAGUUUGAGGUUCCCUACUUCAUGGUAAGGAACAAGGUGGACAUCGACAUCGCAUCCGAGAUCCUUCGCGAGGAGGAAGCGCUCGAAGGAGAUGACGACGAGGAGGAGUGUGAGUUGCCGAAAGAGGAUCGCAAAAAGGUCACUCAGGAAACCAUCAAUUGCAUCAAGACCUACUUCUCUUCCGAGUACAGCGUGGAUCGCGUCUACUGCGUCUCAUCCAGGAGAAAGUUGCGCAACAAGCAUGAUUUCCCGAGCUGCUUGAAUGCACCAUAA